CACGCGACACAGCUUGCAGCGAGGAAUUGCUUUACAGGACUGCUAUCAGAAUCACCAUACACUGCCAUUCAACCACCACACUGCCACCCGCGCGCCAUGUUCCGCCGCCCCGGCACCGGCCCGUCCAAGGCCUCGGCCACGACGCAGUGCCAGAAGUGCCUGCAGCGCGGCCACUACAGCUACGAGUGCAAGGCCAAGGCCCAGGACCGCCCCUACAAGCCGCGCCCGUCGCGCACCCAGCAGCUGCUCAACCCGACGCUCAAGCCCAAGCUCACCACCGACGUGCUGACCGACCUCGUGCGCAAGAAGGGCGUCGCCGACGACAUCCUGCGCAAGAAGGACGAGGACCGCGGGCGCGCCGCCGGCCGCAAGCGCAGCAGGAGCCGCAGCCGCUCGUCGCCCGACUCGGUGUCGACCAUCUCCACCAACCGCUCGCCGUCGCGCUCGCCGCGCCGUGAUGCAAAGGGCAAGCGCCCGGCCGUCGAUGCGAAGCGCGCCCGCCGCUCCGUGUCCAUGGACUCGCGGUCGUCGUCUGUCUCGCGCCACAGCGCCCGCGAACGCAACACGCGGCCGUCGUCUGUCUCGCGCCACAGCACCCGCAACCGCAACACACGGCGCCGCCUGAGCUCGUUCAGCCCGGAGCAGCGCGGCAGGAGCGCAGGGAGACACGGCCGGCGCGCGCCGGAGCAUCAGCCGAAGCAGGAGCAGGAGCAUGAGCGCAGACCGCAUGGACACAGCAGACGACCGGUCCAAGCGUGCCGUCUCACGGUCGCGGUCGCGGUCGCGGUCGAGGGCACGCUCACCGAGGCCACGAUCACCGAGGCCACGAUCACCGAGGCCACGAUCACCCAGGCCGAGGGCACGCUCGCCAAGGCCGCAGCGCAGCCCAAGUCCGUUCUCGCAGCGCCGCGCUGCACGCCGCUCGCCGAGUCCACGGCGCGAGCGCGAUGCCGGGUGGGGACGGGAACCGCGGCAGAAGGGCGAGCGGAGCAGCCACCGCCUGCGCGAGCGCCAGCGCCUGCGCCGAGGGAGCGCAGUCUGAGUCCGUUCAGCAAGCGAGUCGCGCUGACACGGGCAAUGAACGGGCAGUGAGGUGGGGUCAGGUUGCAGAUGGAUGUGGCAUUCGAGCCUUUUUUGUAUUACUAGCUCAGAUACCCAAGAAGCGGCGUGGUAUCGUUGUGUCGGUGUAAUGACGUCUCAGUGCAAUGGCCUCAGUGCAAUGACCCUCGCCGUGGUCUCUCAGUCACUCUCAGUCAUUCUCAUCCAUUCUCGCUCCAGCAAGCUCUCUUCAAUCUCCCCCCCAGCAAUCCCCCAUCCCCCUCACCCCUCAACCUCCCC